AGGCAGCGACGAGGGGUCGUGGGCUCCGCCAGCAGAGCCGGGCUUCAGGAUGAAGAUGCCCAGAGGAGGACGCCUGUUCCUGGCGACGUGCCUCGGCUCACUCUUCGUUCUUGUGCUUUACUUUCAGAGCAUCACUAAACCAGAACCUGGUGUAAAGACUGGCAGUAGACCAGGGAAAAGCAGAAGAAGUCCACUGCAGACCCUCUACAAUGGAGACCAGCUGGAGCUGUUGGCAGCUCAGAGGUCCCUCCAAGGUCGCAGGGAGCUGCUGGAGCAGGCAUGUCUGAGCCACACGAGGAAGCGCCGGGUCCUUUCGCCUGAGGAUCUCAAACACCUCAUUGUGGAUGAUAAACACAGCCUUAUUUACUGCUACGUACCCAAGGUAGCCUGCACAAAUUGGAAACGUGUCCUUAUGGUCCUCACUAGUGACGGCCGCUACACUGAUCCUCUUGCCAUCCCUGCCAACGAGGCGCACGUAGCUGGUAACCUCCGCACGCUUUCUGAGUUCUCAGUCCCAGAGAUCAACCAGCGCCUUCGCAGCUACCUCAAGUUCAUCUUUGUGCGGGAGCCCUUUGAGCGUCUGGUGUCUGCCUACCGGAACAAGUUCACACGUAGCUACAACACCGCUUUCCACAAGCGCUACGGAACCAAGAUCAUCCGUCGGCACCGUCCAAACCCUGACCCUGAGGCACUGGAGAAAGGGAAUGAUGUUUCUUUCCAUGAGUUUGUACAGUAUCUCGUGGAUCCUCGGACCCAACGGGAGGAACCUUUGAAUGAGCACUGGGAGCGGGUGCACUCCCUCUGCCACCCCUGUCUGAUCCACUAUGAUGUAGUGGGGAAGUACGAGACUCUGGAGCCAGAUGCUCAGGCUGUGCUCAGGUUGGCCGGAGUGGAGGGGACACUUCAAUUUCCAACAUCUGGUAAGAGCACCAGGACUGAUGGCAACAUGGCAGCACGGUUCUUUAAGCAUAUCAGUCCUUUCUACCAGAAAAAACUGUUCAACAUGUAUCGAAUGGACUUCUUGCUCUUCAACUACUCCACACCAGAGUAUCUCAGGACUCGAUAAGGGGCAGAGUGAGUGCCAUAGAUGGCUCGGGUGUGAUAGUUUUUCUUUCACAUCCCAUCCAUACUCAUAAACAAUGAUUAUUUUGCACUUUCUGGUUGCCAUGGACCUUUAAAAUUUUCAUUUCUGCAUAGGUGGUCCAUCACAGGCAUAGACUCGUCACUACUACUCUCCAGCAGAAACCGGUGGCUGUGGAGAAUGAGUUGAUUUUCUGGUUUCAGUGAAUGGAACAUUCUAAGUGGAACCAAAUUUCGUCUUGAGAAGGAAAAGACAGUUAGUUUGUGCUGUAAUCUACCAAGCAUAUGUCACAUUUAGUGUUUUGAUGUUUAGCAGAACAGACAGAUUGUUUUCAAAAUGUGUUUGAAAAUGCAGGUGACGUGUCUACUUUCACGCAUCUUCACAAACAGGUCCUUUCUGUCAGAGCUUUAGGUUCAGUUAGAAUUCGGUAUUUAUUUUUUGUUUUCCUGAUUGCCAUUUCUAGCUCUAGUCUGUUACAUCUGGCUGUCACGUUGGUGUAAUGUGCCUUACCAGCAUUCCUGUGGUGCCCACUACAGGGACAUUUCCCCAUGGCUUGUUAACGUGAGCCAUAAAUCAAGGUCAAACUUCAGAGGAGCAGGUUCUCCUCUCACAUGGGUAUACAGGUGAAACAGAACACAGAAGAUUAUUUCAAAGCACCUGAAGUACAAUAUCUCUGGAAGGCCUUUAUUUAUGUAUGUGAGAGCAUAAAGUAUUUAUUAUUGAAAUGUAUGGAUUUGAGCUCAUGAUUUUGUGAAAAUGAAUUUUAUAUGAAGGCAUAAAGGUUUUUUGUCUUUCAGAGUAAAUAUUUACUUGCAUGGAAAGUUACUUGCUGUCUUGGCUUUUGCACAUAAACUGAUGCCAAAUAGAAAUCUUCUGAGCAACUCUAAAGUUAUCAUAUCACACUUUUUUCUUUUCUUUUUUUUUUUUUUUUUUUUAAAAAAAAAAAAGCUUUUCUCAAACCCAUGUUGAAAAUCCACAUCCAGGACUUGUCUUAUCUUAACUUGUCACAGCACCGAACACUAUCUUUAAAUUUAUAUGUGAGAGCAUUUCCAGGGAAGCCUGCAGUAUCUCUUUAAUUCCAGUAAACGCUUGUUGCCACCCCUCCUCUAUCGCUGUCUGUAUUUAGCUCUGGGCAGGUAGGCUGAACAAACAACCACAUAGCUGUGGUCAGGGCUGGGUCCAGCCCAGCACUCCUCCUGGUCAGAGCUCCCCUUGUUAGGGUGAAGGCAGGCACAUGAAGGGUUAAUCCACCCACAGUAGUCAUCACUGCUGCACUGAACGGCCUUGUGCAGCAAAUGUCAGUAAAUUUAUGCUAAUAGUACAGAGGUUAAUGUAGGACAGUGUUUAUUAAUCACCUGUGCUGCAGAAGGAUCACUUUUAACAAAUGGCUUCAAGCAGUUUUGAUAUCUCUGGUUCUGCUGCAUCAAAGUUUUGACUUCAUCAUGAUGUCAUCAGUGUCCAUUACUUCAUGAAACUAUGGCUAAAAUCACCCAGUAGCUUUACAGAUUUAAAUUAAUACAGUCACAUCUGCCAGCGCAUGUGCAAAACUGUUGAAAACUAGUACAUUAAACUGCAGUACCUUACACUAUGUAAGACUUUUAGAGUACAUAUGAGUUGAAAUUAUUUGUUAGAAUUUAAAACGUAAUGUUUUAUUUUUCCAGCUCCAUAAAUUCCUUAAAAUUUGCUGUGAAGUUUCAACAAAGAAUCCUAAAUUUGCACUAAUUACAGUAAAAGAGAAACUGUGGUUUCAGUAAAUUCAUUCCAAUGAAUUACAAAGCUAGUGUGUGUGUGUGUGUGUGUGUGUGUGUGUGUGUGUCAGUGCAUAGCAAAUCAGCUGAAUAUGCAGAAAAUGCAAAUUGUAUGGAGACACUGACCUGUCUAGGACAGCAUGCGAGUCAACUUUUCCACUGUAAAGUUUAAAAAUAAACGAUUUUUGAGUAAAUAUUUACUUUGAAUUUAUCAAGGAAAUUCCUCUGGAAAAUGUGCUGCUAUAUUUGAACACAAUUAAGUGAAGUUCACAGAAUAGGAACUUUGUCUGCUUUCCCUACAGUACUAAAACUAAGUUGCACAGUUCUUUUCGGAGAACCAUCUAUCAAAUGAUUAGGAAAUAAUGGACACGUAAAAUAAAAUGUUGCUGUAAAAUCUCACAGUCAGACUCAAGGCGCGGACACACUGACUAUCAUAUGCAUCUGUGAUGAUCAGUGUGUCCUGUUUUGUCAGAAGUGAAGCUGUUUUGUUUUUCGUAGCAUGUUUCUACAUCUACCAUCUUAAAUUUGUGAUUCAGAUUUACGUUGAAUUCCCACCUGGAUCCUUGUCACAUCAAAAUGUUUAGAAAUGGGGACCACACCUAUAUAUAUUGUAUAUAAUGCAAUAUAACUACAUUCUUUCUAAUAACUAUGACAAAUACAGUGCAGACUGUAAGUUUUUUGGAAAGUUGUACACUGUUGUUCUUCAGGUUCUCUCUAAAUUCAGUUUGAAUUAAAAUAAUCAAUACUUCAUAAAGUGCGAAGUCUCAGUGUUAAUUUGAGUAGGUUUACAUCAAUAUAGAGAGAGAACAGUGGGAGGUGGAAUCCUUUUAACACAUAGUCCCCGAAGUCAAGGAGUUCAAAAGUAAUUAUACAGAUACAAAUGAAGUCUAACCUAAUUGUGAUAGGUAUUAUUGCCUCAACUCUUCGACCCAACAGCAGACACUGUCUGGUGAUACAAGCUUCCACUGCAGCCACCAGCUGUGGAGCCGACUCAUAUUAAAGUUAAGACAUGGCGCUUUAAGUACUACCCAUUAUUUUACUGUACAGAGGCAGAGAGCCUGAAGAACAAAAGAACAAACUAACUGUUCAAAUACUUGCAAUGUAGUGUAACAUUUUCCGGUCUCAACAAUGUCUCCCCGUAGAAUAUCUUGGGGCUUCUCUGUUUAUCAAGAGACUAAUCUAGCCUGGUUGAAUUGAAAACAUUUAGUGCAGGGACUUAUCUGGACCUGUUGUCCUGAGAAAAACAGGAAUCCUCCACAAAACAACAAAAGUCAACAUAUCCAUUGAAAUAGGCAGGCCCCGCAGUCAGGAUAUUAGUUACAGUUGCGCUCAAUAAGUUCACACAAAUUAUGCUAGUGCAUGUCAAGACAAGUUGGCGCUGAACUAGCAGGAACCAGCUUAGUCUCUUCCAGAUUUCUUUUAUAAGACAUUUCAUUUGUGUCAGACAGGUCCGUGCAGGCCCACUCUGGAAACAUUGCAUUUUUCUUCCUGUAGUUACGCUUUGAAAGGUGCAAUAUCUGUGUGUGAGUAUGGUGUUAAAAGCUGUGUUUUUAUAAGUGACUUCCUCUUUUAUUCAGUCCUUAAAUUUUGUGCCAUCAUGUGUUUGCCAUGGAUCACAGGGUUUUCUUUUUUAAUGCUCUCCUUUGUAGCAGUGUGUGAUUUAAGCCAUAAUUUGCAAGAAGCUGUCACUUGCCAAAACCCAAUCACACCCUUAAUGUUUUUCUUCCUACUGGCUCAAUGACAUGCUGCUCAAAAUAUAUGUUUUACCUUUUAAUUUCUUUUUUCCUGGAAAUUACAGAAUACAAAUAACAAGUAGCUUAUUCUUUCAAAAGGCUUACACAUACUGUAUUUCCAUCUCAAAAGCCCAGACGCUGCUGUGAAUAAGCACAGCUAGUCAGACAUCUCCAGCCAUUUUCUGUAGAAAUGGUCCUUUAGUCAGAGCAGUGGCUUGGUGAGUCACUGUGAAACAGAGAACAGAGCACAAUCUGAAAGACUCUCAUGCACCAGUUUACUUGUGACCCAAAACUGUGAAUGUGAUAACUGAAGUGCACUUGCUGAUGCGAUGAUUGACUGGCUGGUUACCUUGAAGUUUCAACAAAUACAAUCGCUCAAAAGCAGAA